CUCCCCUCCUGGUGCAGACAGGAAUCUGCGGCUGCAUCGCGGAACCAACGAGAGAGGAAGAGGGCAGUGGGCCCGGCCACCUGCACCAUGACCAGCUGUCGCCAUCAUUCGGGAUAUUUGGCGGACGACGAGGCUGGCCACACCACCUACGUGGCCCGGGUCCAGCCACCUAAGAAGUCACUGUUCCCGGAAAUGGGGCAAGCCUCCAAGCUGGGCCACACACCACACCCCACUUCGACUCACGGCCCCUCAGGCAGUUCAGGGCUCCGCAGCCACCGCCGAAACCCCAAGGGCCCUCGACCCUUUAGGAGCUCCCUGGAUUUCCUUGUCGAGGGUCAGGUGCUGGACAGCCUGCAGACGGUGGUGGAGGAGGCAACUGAGCGCAUGGCCACCGUAAAGACAGAGGCUGGGGUGCCGCUGGUGGAGGUGGAGGACCCGAUGGAGGUGCCGAGGGGUGGGCGUCGGGCGCGGGCCCAGCCCAUCCUCAGUACCGUGCACCGGCAUUGCACCCAGCCGAGCCUCUGCAUGGGACGCCCCAACAAUUACCCGUCCUGCACCAGCUCCAUGUCCUACUCCCACACCAGCUUCACGGCCAACUGGUCGGGCUCCCAUAGCUGGGACAGCGACCUGGGUGCCCGCAGCUUGGGUGCACUGCCACCCAUGAAGGACAAACUCCUGCUGGGGAAGAACCUCAAACGGCUGCUGCAGCUGGAGAACAGAGGGAAAGGCCUGGGGCAGUCCUGCCCCCAUGGGGACUCCCUGCCAUGGGACUCACUGGGCAGCCAGACCAGCAGCCAGUGGACCCUAGAGCAGCCCCUGUCCUGGUUCUCAGGCCUGCUGGGCUCGAGCUCAGGCACGCCCGAAGCGUCGGAGCUGGGGCCAGCAGAGCGGGAGCUGAUCUUCCUCAAGCGAGAGCUGAACAAGGAGAUGAAAUCCUUGCUGAGCCAGCCAGGGUCCUUUGACCUGCCUGGCUACUGUACGCUCCGAGAGCCCCAUCGGACCCUGGACUUCCUGGCUGAGCACCACCUGUUCCCCGCCCUGCAGGACGUGGUCAACCAGGCUGUGGACAAGCUCAGUGGUGCCUGCCGCCGAGACGGCUGCCCUCUCUUCCUGUCAGAAUGGGAGUCCUCCCCAGAGUCCAGCUCCAAGCUGGCCACACCCACUGAUGGGGAGGAGCCCUACGAUUUGCUACCCACCACAACCUCCAGCCCCAGGAUGGAGCACAGAAAGAGCAUCAAGUACAGGGGAUGCAGCAAGGCCAAGGAAGGUGGCUCCCCGGUGUCUAGCACCCAAGUGGCCACCAGGUUCCGGCUUGAGAGCCCCAGUUACAAGUUCACCAAGAAGAAGACGCUGCCCUCCAUCCUGUCCAAGUCCACCACCAUGUCCCGCCUCUCCAACCCCUGGCACAAGGAGCUCGUUGACUACCUGAAGGGCCAGGCUGUGUCCUUGCUUGCCUGCAAGUACAGGUUUGAGAAGAACCUCACUGGGCAGCUGGGCUUCAUCUCCUUCCCCAUCACCGAGGCACUCCUGGACCUCUUCCUGGGCUUCAGGAAAGUGAAGGGCUCGCGCAUCCGUCUGUCCUCCACAAUCGACUGGAGCUGCCUGCUGCACAGGCUGGAGGAGGCCGAGUUUAGCCAGCGGUCACCCCAGCGGGCAUCCCGGCCCCCUUCCCGGCACAUCUCCCAGCACAGCACCCCCCAGCACAGCAUGCGGAUACCCACCGCACCGUCCGAGCUGGCCGCCAGGACCCACAGGGUCCAGGACAAGCCCACAGGGUCCCACCUCAACAUGAGGUCCCCAGGCCCCCGGCCGCUUGCCUCACAGGAGCGCCCGGCAGCCGCGGAGCAGGAGUCCGCCAGACCGCCAGAGCCCAAGCUGUUCCCGUCCCCCGCCAACACCGGCGUGGCCUCCCAUCAGUCCGACCAGACAAUGGACAUGGAGGACCACCAGAGCAUCGAGGAGGAGGAGGAGGACAAGGAGGAGGAUGGAGAGGAGGAGGAAGAGGACGAGAAUGACUUUGGAGAUGAGGGCGAGCCCCAGAGCUCCCCGGAGCCUCAAGAGGAGGCCAUGGUCAGCGCCACGGCGGCAGGCUCAGCAGCCACUGCCCUCGCAGCCAUCCCGCCCCGAGCAGAGGUCAGAACAGCUGGUGCCCACGAGGAGCUCUGCUGA